UUGAGGGAGGCUCGAUGCGGCGAGGAACGGGAAUGUCAUGGCGGCGGGAGCUAGUUGGGGCAGAAGUUGAGAUAGAUAGGUAGAGGUAGAUAGGUAGAGGUAAGCAGUCAGCCGCGGGGUCGGGAGGUGCUGGCGGUAAGGCUAGGCCAGGUAUGGGCAAAGUGAGCACAACCUACGUCGUAAUGAGCUGACUGAAUCACGAAUGAACUGUUCACGAAACGAUCGAUCGAGCGUCCGGCAACUCGGCUCUCUCUUCGAUGCGGUUCGAGGCCGCGAUUGUGAACGUGAGCAGAAGAGGAUUCGCGCGCAUCUCGACGCCAUGUGUCCGAGGAUCGUAUUGUUUCUGUUGAUUGUCGGUUGGGAAGCGAGAACUGUGCUCGCCAACAAGGAACGACCCGCCGGUGCCGAUACGGUGAGCAUCAGCAAGUGUUGCGAGCUCGAGGAGCUGCUAGUGGAUGACCGAUGUACGUCGUUGUCGGAGACUAAUGAGACCAAGUGGCAACCGGAGUCUUUGAUGGAUCAAGACGCGAAGAAAGGAUUAAUCAAAUCCAAAUACGAGCUGAAGAUCGGACGACCCAGAUGCAACCCUAAUGAACACCAGUGGCACGUGUAUUACUAUCCGUCCGGGCCGGAUCGCCUAGUGAUUCUGUCGACCGGCGCAUUGCGUCAUUAUGUCAUGAAUACUCCUGAGAGCAUGGACGAGUAUCGUGGUCUCUCGCCACCACCGAGUGUCAAUGAUAAGAAUGAUGAAGACAAGGAAGACGGGACCAUACACUAUGACUAUUUGUUCGGACAUUACUGCGCCGACAAAGUGGUACUUACAGGGGAUCGCCUAGUGGCGAUGUAUGCUAUGCUUUGCGUACCGAACGUUUAUAACCGCUGGACCGAUAUCAAGUUCCUGAUAAAUUGCUACAUCAAUCCCGUCAUAGCCACGAUAUCGAUAGUUUGUUAUCUCAUCAUCUCACUUAUCUACUCCACGCUACCACAAUUAUGCGAUCUAGUUGGCAAUAUCAUCGUCAGCAUAUGCCUCUGCCUCGUGGUCAAUCAGAUUACUCACUACGUGAGAUUUAUGGCGGAUCUUCCGACUUAUUCCCAUUUUGUCAACCUCCUAGUCACUGACAUAAUCAUGUUUGUUUCCCUGAUGGCCGCCUUCAUCUGGCUCACCGCCCUGGGCUACUUCGUGUGGAACUCGUUUAAAUCGCCUAAUAUUUAUCUGCGGGUGACCGACUGCUCACAAUAUAGCCAGUAUUCAUGCUGGAUCUGGUGUACAACGAUCUGCAUAGCUGGCUCCGCGAUCUUCGCGCACAUUUUCCUCGAGACGAACAAGCCCAAGAUGGGUGAACCUCCUCAAGAAACCUUGGGAUACCUCGCGAUCUCUGUGAUAUUCAUGAGCAUCGGAUUUACCAUCAUCAUCAAUCUAUUCCUGAUACAGAGUACCGUGAAGAGGAUCAAAGAUAUGAACACAUGCGGCCAUAUUCAUCAAAGAAUGAAGCAUAACUUCGCGAUGUUCUUCGUUCUCUACAUGAUUAUGGGAGCCAAUUGGCUUUUCUUAGUACUUUUGCAAUUCUUGAAGUCGGAUACUCUGACAUACUGUUAUAACGUUAUAAAUAUGGUACAGGCAAUCGCCAUCCUUUACAUAUGCAUAUUAUGUCAACGGAAAAUCAUGUUUACGGUUAAGAAAACGUUCAACUGUUGCAAUCCCGGUAACAACACUGAAGACUUCGAUUGGGGCGAGGAAAUGACGGCCAUCAAUGCGGGUUAUUAAAAUAGGCUUGCUCUUGGUAAACACCUAUUCGAGCGAUGAUCGUGAGCAAUGACAAUAACGCAUUUAGAUCAUGAUUUGUUAAUAUAUAUUGCUUGCAGAACGGCGAGGAAUGACAUGUGCGAAAUGGAACGUGUCAAAAUGCAAGAUACAUAUUCAAAUUAAGAA